AUGAGACUCGUCUAUCUGCUUGUGAUCCCGUUCAUCUAUGCGCUCAAUCGUCUUCUUGGUCUCUACUCACAGUUUGACACGGCAACAGAGGCGGUCUCGGUGUCGGAGGUAGGGGGCUGGAUGCUGCCUACCUGGGCGGAGGCCCCCUUCGACGGCGAAUGGACCCCGGUCGAAGUUCUCCCGCCACCGCAAUGGGUCAUCGUUUUUCUACUUCUCGUUUCGUUGAUUCGCUUGUUGCACAUCUUCCAAUCGCCUCGUCGUCCCGAAGUGACCUUUUGGGAGAAGGGGAAUAAAAACCGAAUCAACGAUGUGAUUUUGGGAAUCGACAUGCUUAAGGAUCCCUAUCGACCGCCGCCAUUAUGGGGAAAAAGUGGACACAUUCAAACGGCCGCCUACGGAGUUCUCGGACACGCGAAUUUGAGAAGAACAGCCGAUCGGAGAGUUCGAGAGAUUUUGCCUGAUGGAAGCACGGUGAUUUUCGACGUCUUUGAGCCAACGUGUGCACAUCCGUCAGGUCGAGAUAUCACUUUCACGUUGACGCCUGGUAUUGCCAACUCGAGUGAGAGUAACUAUAUCAGAACUCUCGUCCAUUUCGCUCAAGAAGCCGGCUAUCGUUGCAUCGUGUUGAAUCAUUUGGGAGCCCUUCGCGAUGAGAAAUUGACUGGAAAUCGGAUUUUCUGCUAUGGUGGAAUUGAGGAGUUGACAACUAUGAUGAAUUGGGCAAUGCAUAACUACCCGAAUACAAAGUUUCUUCCAAUUGGCUUCAGUAUGGGCGGAAAUCUAACGACUCUCUAUGUGCUUAGCGUGAAAAAUAACCCGGAAAAGAGUUCUCGCUUGCUGAUGGGCUUAUCGGUGGGACAAGGCUAUUGUGCUCUCUCGUCAACGCCAUUCUAUCAUGAUUGGUCGAAUGGCAGACGAGCCUAUAAUUAUAUCAUCACCGAGAACAUGAAACGGCUGUUAAGAGCUCAUUACGAAGAGGUCGUGGAACCACAUGUUAAAUCGGGAACAGUCGAAGAGCAGCGUUUAUGGUCAGCAACUUCAAUCGUCGCGUUUGAUGAGCAGUACAAUCGGCGUAUCUUUGGCUUCGGCAAUUUGGAGUCUUUCUAUUCAUGGGUCUCAUGCUUGCCGAGAUUGCUUUCACUCACCGAACCGUUGCCCAUUCCGAUGAUCUUCUUGAAUGCGAAAGAUGAUCCGAUCGUUCCGGAGGCGCUUUGGGAGCCGGUUAAGGAGAUGUGUUCACAACGAGAAGACCUUGCGUUUGUGCUCACUUCUCAUGGCGGACAUUUGGGCUUCCUUGAAGGCGGAUCUUUUUCACCGAAAUCUGUCACAUGGCUUGAUAGAUUCAUUGUUCAAAUGGCCAAUUCAGCGGUGAAAGCACUU